GUGGGUGGCGGUAAAAUCACAGGACGUCAAACGCAAUACACGACACAAAGAAGUAGAGUCAGGAAGUGGAGGCAGGGUGUUUUAGUAGAAGCUGAAUUUCACAGCUUCUCGCUGCAGGAAACUGUUUUUUAAUCAAUAGUAAUUUGGAAACAUUCUUCAGCAUCAGUUCAACCAUCAUAGCUCUUCGGGUGAAUAAAAUGGAGGAUCCCCUGCCCCUGACCUCGCUGAGGCUCCUGGUCCCACCUCUGCGGAUGAUGUCGGCUGUGAUGUGGAAGGUGGUCCAUCUUAGGAAUAUCAAACAUUAUGGGAAAGUGGAGGAGUUUGUAUCCUUGGUGACUGAGGCCAUCCCUGACAUCUUGACAGACAGACAGAUGAGACUGCUCACUCUGGGCUUAAGAGCCAAGAUGACGUUGCAGAUAUUAAGUUCUGAACAGUCAGAGGAUCUUGGAGGUAUUAAAACACUCUUGAACAGCCUCCGCCCGUCCAGCCCAAAACAAGUGAUUUCAGGAAAUGAAGCUCUCGAAGCCAAUUUUGUCAGGCUUGUUCAAAGACUAUUGGAGGACUCAAAAGAGAGAGAGCACUUCCUCAAGAAUGUGUUUCCUGUAGAGUAUGGAUCUGACUUUGAUACAGCUCUGGAGACACUGGUUUGUCAGUUCUUCACCAGACUGGAAGAAUCUCUACUUAUACCAGACUUUAAGCAGACCACAGUGUGGAUCAGUGAUACAUCCUCCAUGCUAGAAGAGUACAUGCAGUGUGUAUCCAAAGCAGAUGACCUCAAAGUACUGCUAAGAAGCAAGGCCCACCAUGAUAAAAUGGCCAAAAUAGAUACCAAUGCGCCCUCUACCUCAGAGCAGCGACUCCUCUCAUCAUUAUCUCUCCAUCCUUUAAUGCAAGAGACUGAAACCAAAAAUGUGGAAUCUAACACACAAACGUUAGAAAGCCAAAGAGAAUCUGAGGUGAUACAGGAUACACAAUGGCCAUCUGAGGAGGAAACCAACAUUCUGGACAGCAGCAACGCAAAACAGACAGCAGAAGGUAAAUGCUGUGUUCCUGAUGUUCACGUUGUGGAGGAAUAUGGUGAUCGAGCUUCAACCACCUGCCAAGCUCCCACUACAUCUACUGAGAGUCCCGUAUUGUCCAACUCUAAGAGUGGCCCUCCACGGCAGAGAGUUGCGCACAAAUGCACUCAGUGUGGAAAGUGCUUCAUUUACCGUUAUGAACUCCUGGAACAUCAGAGGCUGCACACAGGUGAAAAUCCAUACAAGUGCACUCAGUGUGGAAAGGCCUUCAGGAGGACCUCUGACCUGUCAACUCACAGGCGGACACAGUGCAUAAAAGCAGCUUACGUUUGUAUCAAAUGUGGGAAUAGCUUUCAGUCAAUACAAGACAGAUUCAGACACAAGUGUGUUCAUAGUGUCCAGAAGUAUGACUGUUCUCAGUGUGGGAAAAGCUUUAAGAAAAUGCACUUGCUGGGGAAGCAUGAGCUGACUCACACCCAGAAUCGUAUCUUCAAGUGCAGACAGUGUGGAGAAGUGUACCCCAGUAUGAGUGAGCUGAGAUCCCACCAGAAGAUUCACCCUCCCGAGCUAUCAAAUCAGUGUAUGCAGUGUGGGAAGUUUUUCAGCUCUGUUGCCUGUUUGACAGCACAUGAGCUGCGUCACAGGCAACAGAGAACCCAGAUUUGUGUGCGCUGUGGCAAAGCUUUCAAAAACAAACAUGACCUGAAUCUUCACAUGCGUAGUCACACAGGCGAGAGGCCAUUUCAGUGCACAUAUUGUGGGAAACGUUUCUCUGUGUCAGGAAACCUGAACAUACACAUAAGGACCCACACUGGAGAGAAACCGUAUCUGUGCUCUGACUGCGGCAAGGCUUUUGUUUCAGCUGGAGAGUUGCAGAUACACAGGCGGACCCACACGGGGGAAAAGCCAUACAAGUGCACUGUAUGCGGGAGAGGAUUCACUAUGGCAAGUAAAGUGACACUUCAUAUGCGUGUUCACACUGGGGAGCGGCCGUAUGUCUGUUCUGAAUGUGGGAAAGGUUUUUCACGUGGCAGCGAAUUGAAAAAACAUACCAUGAACCAUACAGGAGUUCGACCCUACGCUUGUCAGCUGUGUGCAAAGACUUACACAUGCCUCAAUCACCUGAAAAGACACUUGAAAACACACAGUGUAGUACAAAACCAGUCUGUCUAAACCCAUUUAUUACUGUAAUUAUAAUAAAUAUUGUAUUUAUGCAACUAGCCUGUACUGAUUGUGGUAUUGACUUCAUGCACUCUAUAAUAGGUUUUGCAUUUACCCUCUCUUGUAGGAAAUAUGUUGCAAAAGUUCAAGUUAUACUGACUGAUUUCUUAUCCUGUGUUGUGAGAACUGUUUUGGUCGUGUCCUCUAACAGCCUGUCAUGCCAUAUGUUUUCUGAAGUCAUAAAACAUGUUUAAAGGACCUCUUAAGAAAACAUGAAAACAAGCUAUACUGUCUGUGAGAAGUACUAUUUUGUUCCUGACAGCAGCAGAAUUUGUAUUUGGAUCUAACAUGAAACAUCCUAAAGUAGUAUUGCACAAUAUCAUAAUUUUGUGUUUGUGUUCUCAAAACAAAUAAUAAUAAAGCUCUUAUAAUCC